GGACCCUAUGACCGAGCCGGUCGACGAGGUGGCGAUGAUGCUGGCGGGGUCCGGCCAGCCGCAUGGACGUCCUGCCUGCCUUGCUGGGGGUUUCAAGCCUCAGAGGAACUUCACGCAGAUCAAGGCUACCCUCCCCUCCGGCAGCUACGCUACCUCCUCGCGGACUACAUGCCGUUCUCGGGUAGAGGUUGAUACUCAGCUCGAGGAGGCCUAUGCAGUAGCUUACGAGGAGUAUCUCGAGAAGGUUAAGGAGCAUGACCUUGUGAAAGAUGCCUAUGUCCAGGUGGACGAGCAACCGGAUGGCGCGGUCUUCAUCUUCAACCUACCGACCAACCUCUGUUUCCCUAGCAGCAGUAAUGAACUGCAUGCAGUCAGGUACCGAUCGACACCAUUGUCAGCAGUCUCUCUCUCUGCUCUCUACGUCGUGAUGUAG